AUGCUCAUGGCCGCCCUCCGCAUUUGGCUCGCUUUCGUCAUCUUCGCGCAACUCGCCUUCACCUCGUUCGCCUCCAUCAGAGCCGCACAGCUUGAGCGGAACGUACCGGUCACGUAUGCAGGCCAAGAAAUUGUGCCCGGCUCGUUCUUGAUCGAGGUCGGCGGAGGAUCGCUAAGCAAGCGGGACGGAGUCGCUCACCUUUCCCGCAUCCUCUCGUACCUCGCUUCGCGCUCGUCAAACGUCAACGGUACCGCUCUCCCAACCUUUUCGGCCACUCGCCAGCUCACCGCUCGCCCGUCGCUCUUCCAUGGCGCCGUCAUCAAGAUCGACGACCCGAAUGUGUUGGAGGAGCUCACUCAGGGCGGCGAAUCGACCGUCAAGGAGAUCCUCCAAGGACUGCACGGCAUCGAGGGCAUUGAGCAUGCGUGGCCUCUGCGUAUUCUCCGAGGCGCCGCACCUCUUCGCACAUCGGCGCGACAAAGCGCCGAAACGACCGAGUCGCCUACCUUCGACGCCGCACCUUUCGCGAAGCGCAGCGGCACGAACUUCCCUCCCCCUUCCGCCUACGCCAACGACACCUUCAAUCCACACGUCAUGACCGGUGUCGCCAACCUGCACAACCAGGGCAUCCUCGGCUCGAGCGACAUCAAGGUCGCGAUCGUCGACAGCGGCGUCGACUACCUCAACCCGAUCUUGGGCGGCUGCUUCGGUCCUGGCUGCCUCGUCUCCUUCGGCGGCGAUUACACGACCGAUCCACCGGGUCCGAGCCCGUACACCAGCUGCAAUCACCACGGUACGCACGUCACGGGCACGAUGGCCGCGCUUGCCAACUCGUUCGGCUUCAGCGGCGUCGCUCCAGGCGUGCAGGUCGGGCACUACCGCGUCCUUGGCUGCGAUAACUCGGGGCUUGAAGAUCGAAUCGUCAACGCGUUGCUCGUCGCGGCCAACGAUGGCGUCAACGUCAUCAAUCUCUCGACGGGCACUCGUAUUGGCUGGCUUGAUGUCGACCCUACCCAGCUCGUCAUCAAGCGGCUCACGACGCAGGAAAACAUCACAAUCACCGUCUCGGCUGGCAACAGCGGUGCUGCAGGCCCGUUCUUCGCCUUGUCUCCGGCAUCGAGUACGGGCGCUAUCAGUGUCGGUGCCGUCAACGUUGCGCAGUUGCCCGCAUUCCCAGCUCAAGUGGACACCUUUGGCGUCCUGCCGUACCUCUCGUCCACUCCACUCAACACGUCGACUCUCUCGGCUUCAAACGACGGCUACCGCGUUUAUUUCACCAGCACGACAGCUGCAGUAUCCGCCGAUGCUUGCGAGUCGCUCCCUGCCAGCACGCCCGACUUGUCCGCCUCGAUCACGGUCGUCCGCCGCGGCGGCUGUCCCUUGCAAACAAAGAUGUCCAAUGUUGCGUCGAAGGGCGGCAAAAUUGCGCUUGUCUACAACACUCCGGAUGCACUCAAUCUUACCACUGAUCUUGAAGUUGGGACAACUGGCUUAGCGGUAGUCGCCUCGCUACGCGACGAGGAAGGCACGAAGCUACUCGAAUGGUACAACUCUCGCUCAGGCAACCUCCGCAUCUCGUUCCCGCAAGGCAUGGCACCAAUCUUCAUUGACGACAACAUUUCGAGCGGGCUUCUUUGGUCGCUUUCAAACUGGGGCCCUACAUUCGAGCUUUUCGGCCAGCCCACCCUCGCAGGGCCCGGUAGCAACAUUCUCUCGACUCUGCCGCUCAGCGAGGGCGGUUUCGGCGUCCUUUCCGGGACAAGCAUGUCUGCACCGUUUCUCGCCGGCGCCGCCGCUCUCAUCCUGUCGCAGCGCAAGUCGGACAGCCUCGCUUCGGCUGACAUCCGCGCACUCUUGACAACAACGGCAAGUAAGCUCCCGGCUGCACGUAAUGCUACGACGGUCGAGACCGUCCUCCUUCAAGGUGGCGGCCUCGUCCAGGUCGACAAGGCGAUUUCGACUCGCACUAUCGUUUCGCCUUUCGAGCUCAUGCUCAACGAUACAGCUUUUCCCGCUGCGACACAGUCGAUCACGCUACGCAACACGAAUGCGUUCUCGAUGCAGUACACCGUUUCGAGCUCAUCAACCCAAGCCUACGCCACCUACGACAACAACGCUUCGACCGACCCCUUCAUCUCCAUGAAGCCGCAGCCAAUCAUUCCCCAAGCUGAACACGUCACCUUCUCGACGCAGCAGAUCACGGUCAAACCGGGCCAAACCUCUUCAUUCUCCGUCACCAUCCUCCCACCGUCCUUCAGUCCCGUGGAACUAGCACGCUUUCCUCUUUACUCCGGCUUCAUUGACAUCAGCGGGCGCAGCAACGACCACAACCAUGCGGAAGAGCUGCACAUCCCGUACUUCGGUUUAGCGGCCGCAAUGCGGGACAUGCCAGUCCUUGACUCAACGGCAAGAGUCUACGGCGAGGUCGCCUACCCCUUCAUCACCUCCGACAACUUCACGAUCUUCGACGCUGCCGGCGCCCUUAGCGCGUCGCAAGAGUUCACCGUGCUCUUACGCCUUGCUGCGGGCACACGCUUCUUCUCCGUCGACGUCAUCUUGUCUUCGGAUGCGCCGCCAACUACGAUUCCGACUCAGCGUCGCAAGGCAUCUCCUCCGAGUCGCCUCGAUCGACGCGCUGUCUCAACGACGACUACGGCCAUGGCUUCCUCCUUGCGCACCUAUGACGAGCGCUCAGCGUCCGCGCCGCUCUUCAGCGACACGCCCGUCGUCGGCAGCAUCGCAAGAAUCGCUUUCCCUUCGCAUCGCGAUUACUUCGCCGACCGGGCCCCAAACGAUUUCACGGAGCGGCAGUUCCCUUUCGUACCUAAUCGAGCGGCCUUUCAGAUGGAACAGAGUGUCCAGUAUCGCGUUCUCGUGCGCGCCUUAAAGAUCACCGCGGAUCCAACACUCACCUCGUCGUACGAGUCCUGGGUCUCCUACCCCUUCACUCUGUCCCCGUAA